CUAUAUUUUUAUAGAUUAGUUGUUUUUCGCGUUGUGUUGACGUUUAUAAAAUGUCUGAUAAUGCUUCUGCUGAUGAUCAAAGUGAGGAUGGAGAAUUACGGCAAAGCCCACUAGAUACCAAAUCAAAACAGGAACUUAUGGAUUUCAGUCUAUCUGAAGAGGAAAGUGAAAAUAUAGAUGCAUUAGACAUCAAACCCCCCCAAGCCCGAGUUUCAUCUCAGUCACGAAAUAAAAGAAGAGAUGGUAGGGACCACGAAAGGCCACGUCAUAAAAGAUCUGAUCGUCAUCGUGAUGAACGACAUUCUCACAGGGAAAAGCAUCAUAGGGAUAAAUCGGGCAGAUCCGCUAAAGAAAGAGAACAUUAUCAAAGGGAGAAAGAGAGAUAUUACCGAGAAAAGCAAAGUUUUGAACAAUUGAGUUACGAAACUCAAUAUGAGAGAAGCCAUAGGGACAGAAAGGACGAGCAGUCCAGAUCUAGGCAUUCCGAGUCAAGAAAACACGACGAGAAAAAAGCUAAAGAGAUGCGUGAGUCUAGGUAUGGCAGGGAUUCUGAAAAACAUAAAAGAGAUCACUAUGAAGACGAAAAACGUAGCAGGGCUGACAAGACCUUACAUGAUUUAAGGGAGCGUUUGCUAAGCAAAAGAACCUCAAAGGGAGAUGACGACAGUCAUGGUAAACUUUCCCACAGAGAAAGGAAAUAUAGGGAUGAGAGUAACGAUCCAUUACAGGGAGAAGCUGGAAUGUACGUUAAGGAGAUUAUUAAUAUUACAACUGAAGAAAAAAAACAACGUAAAGAUAAGGAAGAAGGCAAAUUAACAGACGAAGAAAAAGCUGAACAAGAGCAGAGAAGAGAUAAAUUAUUAGAAGCAGAACGAGAAAUGGCACGGCUAAAGGAACAAUCUCGCGUGGAACGAGAACGACGCCAUCUCGCCAAAGCGUCGAAAAGAAAACAGGAGGAAGAGUCCUACUCCAAACACGAGUCGAAACGUAUGAAAUCCGAAGAACCAGUUGUGACCGUCUCGGACAAUUCCGAUCCCGAAAUGGAUGAAUUAUACGAAGAACACGAAGACAAGAGUGAACAGAGCGAGGACAGUGUUCACAGCAGCAGAAGCGAAACCCGACAUAGUGAACGUUCGGACGGUACUUCUGAAACAAGAGAUGACGAGAGUCCAUAUUCAGAGAGAAGAUCGAGAAGUCGUAGCAGGAGUAGGAGUCACAGCAGAAGUGCCAGCAGGAGUAGCGAGAGGUCAAUCUCUGCCUCACCUAAGAGUGAUAAGGAUGAAGAUUUGGAAGAGACCAUAGAAACGGGAGAUAGGACUGAAAGGAGAGAGAGCGAGAAGCCUAAGCUUGAUGAAGAUUUGCCUCCUUAUUAUCCGGCUGUACAGGGUUGCAGAUCAGUGGAAGAGUUCCAAUGUCUGAAUCGCAUAGAAGAGGGCACUUACGGCGUGGUGUACCGUGCUCGGGACAAGCGAACAGAGGACAUAGUCGCGUUGAAGCGCUUGAAAAUGGAAAAGGAGAAAGAAGGCUUCCCGAUAACCUCCUUACGCGAGAUCAACACUCUACUCAAAGGGCAGCACCCAAACAUCGUCACCGUCAGGGAAAUAGUGGUCGGGAGCAACAUGGACAAGAUCUUCAUCGUCAUGGAUUACGUGGAGCACGACCUCAAGUCGCUCAUGGAAACCAUGCGGCACAAAAAGCAAAACUUCAUGCCCGGCGAAAUCAAGUGCCUGUUGCGACAGCUGCUUCUCGCCGUCGCUCACCUACACGACAACUGGAUACUACACAGGGACCUGAAGACUUCCAAUUUGUUGCUGUCGCAUAAGGGCAUCCUGAAAGUCGGCGAUUUCGGUUUAGCUAGGGAAUACGGGUCUCCGUUAAAGGCGUACACACCCAUAGUGGUCACUUUGUGGUACAGAGCACCGGAGCUGUUGCUGUGCGCGAAGGAAUAUUCCACUCCCAUUGAUAUGUGGUCAGUCGGGUGUAUAUUUGCCGAGUUGCUGCUCAUGAACGCUUUGUUUCCCGGCAAAUCGGAGGUGGACCAAUUGAACAGGAUUUUCAAGGAUCUGGGAACCCCGAGCGAAAAGAUAUGGCCCGGUUUCAACCAGCUGCCGGCAGUAAAGAAAAUGAAAUUCAACGAAUACCCCGUCUCGAAUUUAAGGGGCAAAUUUAACACGUUGAGCGAAAUAGGACUGGGGCUGUUGAUAAAAUUUUUAACGUACGAUCCCGCUCAGCGAACGACGGCGGAGGAAGCCAUAAAGCACGGCUACUUCAGCGAACCUCCCCUACCCAUCGACCCCGCCAUGUUCCCAACGUGGCCCGCCAAGAGCGAAUUGGGGCAGAAGAGAGCGUUGGCCGCGAGUCCCAAGCCACCGUCCGGAGGGGGAGAAUAUAAAAAACUGGGUGGCGACGGAGACGAUGACGGUUAUGGAUUUAGAAUAGGAAUGGGAGUGGAUAAUAGAAGAGGAGGACCCGGGUUUAGCCUAAAAUUUUGAAAAUCCAAGAAAAAUAGGAAAUAUUAGAAUUAUUUUUAUUUUUGUGUAUUAUCGGUGAAUCGAAUACAUCCAUAUUCCAAACCGUUAAACUUGUCCUUAGAAUUUUUACUAUUAAAGAACAUUUGGAAUACUUUUAAAAAGUGUCAUACAUCAUUAAUAUGCAUACAGUUUAAAUAAAUGUAUCUUUAGUGUGUACAUAAUUUAAU